UCUGAAGCUCUGACUAAAAACGGACUUCGGUAUCAGGGACUGAAAAUCUACUGGGUAGGGGUAGGGAUCGCUUAGUGUGGGAAAUAAAAUCACGCUGUCAAGGCCGUCGGAGAACAGAAAACUGGUCCUGGGUCUAGUCAACGACAGGGACAUUGAAAACCGGUCAUACUAUAAAGCUUUUCUCUUUAUUGCAGGGGGAAAUCUGAGUCCGCUCAUAUUAUAACUUUGAUAUUAGUUAAACGGAAGAUCCGAAUUUGGAGAGGAUGAAAGAAUUAUCACCUAUCUCCAAGAAUAUGAUUCUGUUUGCUCUACUUGCGAUGACUGCCUCUGCGUCCAAGAUGAAUGUACCGCGACUACGGCUGUCUUACAAAGAUCUCCUGGCCACGAACAGGUCCUCUAUCUUCAGUGGUCACCACGGGCUCCUCAGCUUGACCAGCGUUUUCUUGGAUGAGUACCACGACAGGCUGUUUCUGGGAGGCAAAGAUGUGCUGUACUCUCUGCGCCUGGACCACACCCACUCAGACUCCAAAGAGAUCUAUUGGCCUCCAUUGCCUGGGAAUAGGGAGGAGUGUGUGCUCAAGGGCAAGGAUCCCCAGAGCGAGUGUGCCAACUUUGUGCGCUUGCUGCAGCCCUACAACCGUACCCACCUGCUGGCCUGCGGCACUGGCGCUUUCCAGCCCAUGUGUGCCUUCAUCAACGUGGGCCACCGAGGGGAGCACGUAUUCUCAAUGGACCCAACCAACGUGGAGAAUGGCCGGGGCAAAUGCCCUCAUGACCCCAGCCAACCCUUUGCCAGCACCUUCAUUGGUGGAGAGCUCUACACCGGUCUCACGGCUGACUUCCUGGGCCGUGAUGCUGUGGUCUUCCGCAGCCUGGGCAGCCGCUCCACCAUGAGGACUGAAACUGAUCAGCGCCUGCUGCAUGACCCUAAGUUUGUGGCAGCCCACCUCAUCCCUGACAAUGAUGACCAUGACAAUGACAAAGUGUACUUCUUCUUCACGGAGAAGGCCAUGGAAGCAGGGGACGGCAAGGGGGCCAUUCACAGCAGAGUAGGCCGUGUGUGUGCGAAUGAUGCGGGUGGGCAGCGGGUGCUGGUGAACAAGUGGAGCACCUUCAUCAAGACUAGGCUGGUGUGUUCUGUACCAGGACCCCAUGGCAUCGACACACACUUCGAUGAGCUGGAGGAUGUGUUCCUAUUGAGGACCAAGGAUGAGAAGAACCCAGACGUGUAUGCCAUUUUCAGCACUAUCAGCAACGUGUUCCAGGGGUUCGCGGUGUGUGUGUAUCGCAUGGCAGACAUCCGCGAGGCCUUCAACGGGCCCUUUGCUCACAAGGAGGGGCCCGACUACCAGUGGGGUGCCUACGAGGGCCGGGUCCCCUACCCGAGGCCUGGGGUGUGUCCCAGUAAGAUCAUCAACCAGCCCGGCCGGCAGUUUGCCAGCACCAAGGACUUCCCGGACUCGGUGCUGCAGUUCGCCCGCAGCCACCCCCUCAUGUGGCGCCAGGUGUACCCUGCGAUGCGCCAGCCCGUGCUGGUCAAGACCAACGUGCACUACCGGCUGCGGCAGAUCGUGGUGGACCGCGUGCAGGCCGAGGACGGCCAGUACGACGUCAUGUUCAUCGGCACCGACGUCGGCACGGUGCUGAAGGUCAUCGCCUUGCGCAGCGGGAACUCCCUGGACACGGAGGAGGUCACCCUGGAGGAGCUGCAGAUUUUCAAGGUGCCAACACCCAUCACGUCUAUGGAUAUAUCAGUAAAGCGGCAAGCGCUGUACGUGGGCUCGCCGCUGGGCGUGGCCCAGGUCAGGCUGCAUCGCUGCGAGACGUACGGCAAGGCCUGCGCCGAAUGCUGCCUGGCUCGCGACCCCUACUGCGCCUGGGACGGGACGUCCUGCACCCGCUACGCCCCCCACAGCAAGCGCCGCUUCCGUCGCCAGGACAUUCUCCACGGCAACCCCGCCCUGCAGUGCGUUGACCAGAACCUCAGUGUAGAGGAGCUGGACAUGAGCGAGGACAGGGUGGUGUACGGCACAGAGAACAACAGCACCUUCCUGGAGUGUAUCCCACGCUCCCCCCAGGCCACCGUCACCUGGCUGGUACAGAGGGAUGACCGCAAGGAGGAGGUGAAGACGGACGAGCGGGUGAUGCGCACGGAGCAGGGCCUCCUGUUCCGCAGGCUGUUCCGGCAGGACGAGGGCCUGUACGUCUGCCGGUCGCGGGAGCACGGCUUCUCCCAGACGCUCGCGCGCGUGUCCCUGGAGGUCCUGCGGGGGGAGACGCUGAGCGAGCUGCUGGCCCGCGAGGAGGCGGGGUCAGAGUUCACGGGCAAGGACAGGGGAGGAUACAAGGCAGGGGCCCCCUGCCACGCCCACAGGGGCCCCAGCAUCCCCAGCCACAGCCGGUCCUGGUUCAAGGACAUCAUGCAGCUGAUCGGGCCGUCCAACCUGCCGCACGUGGAGGAGUACUGCGAGCGGGUGUGGUGCAGCGACAAGCUCCGCCGCAAGCACAAAGCCAUGAUGGACAAGUACCGGCUGGCCCAGGAGAGCGCGCGCAAGGCCCGGAGCAAGGUGUCCGGCGAGCGGAACCGGACCCCGCGGGACACCCGUGCGCGCGAGUGACCGCGCGGAGAGGACGGGGGGGCGGAGGGGCGGAGAAAGACUGAGCUGGCUCGCAAUGUAAGAAGGCAGAGGUGAGAUGCUGGAGAGCGGAUGGGGUCGGGGAGUACUGCAGAGCUGGGUGCGUAUCUGACCCUGUGUCUGAGUCUCCAGGGCUACUCACUCACUUUGGCUCCAUCAAGUGACGCAGUUCCAUUCUUCCGCAGCAAACCCAACUCCCAGCAGCCUCCUUUGACCCUGCCUGCCAGGACCUGUGCCCUCUGUCCUUCUCCGUACUGCAUGACUUGUAUGAUGCUGUAAAUAGGGGCUGGGUGGCAGUGCCCCUCGUGUACCCAGAACCACACCCACCCAGCCAAGCCCAGCCCAGCAGACCCCUCCCUCCCCACCCCAGCUCCCCUUGUUUCCCACAGCUGCCUCACAGUGUUGACAGCCCCCCCCGCCCCCCAUAGGCCUGUGUUUGUCACCCUGUACCCUUUUCACCGUCGCGUCUUACACAGCAAAGUCUUUCACCACACCAGCCCACCCCCACGCCCCCCCCCCCCUCCACCCCCCCGCAGUGCCCCACCCUCCUAAUCCUGUGGGGUAUAAAAAAGACAAACAAAAGAAGGUCGCUUCACUUAAAGAAACUGAUUCAAGCUGCUCUUGAGACUGCAUCACAGAUGAACUGAAUGUGGAACUGAGUUAAUUAACAGGAGUUGUGCGGCAAAAUUAAUAGAAAAUGCUGUUUUUUUUUAAAUAAUUGGAAUUCCAGCUCCCACAAUUCCUUUGUCCGCUGUAACACGCCUGAAAAAUAAUAAAAAGGGGGGUCAUUAGUGUUGGAGGAAUGUUCCAGUUUGCUUUGUAAACACUACUUCAUUAUUUAAAUGGCAGAUUACUGUGAUGUUUUCUUUACUGUUUAACUAUAUUCCUUUUAGUGACAAACUACAAAGCCCUCCCGGUGGGGAAGGGUAGAGUUGUAGAGGACAGGUCCAGUUUCUCAUUCACUCGUUCCCUCACUCUUUCCUGCCCAUAAAGACAUAGAGCACAUGGAGGAAGAGGAGCCUUGGGGAACAUGGCCACUCGUGCCAGAACAAACACCACACCAAACCGCUCCCACUUUAAAAAUAAAAAGAAUGCUCCCAGUUCUCCAGAAUACGAUCGUCAUGACAAUUUCCAAAUGCACUAUGACAUACUUCCCCCCACAUAUGUGCAAUGAUACUGCAUUAAAACCAUACACAGUCCUCACUCCACGUGUGGAGAGGAGGCCCAAGUUACUUAUAUUGACAACUUACAAGAUAAGCAGUGCAAAUAUUGCCAUUGGUCCAAUCGGUGUGUAAUGGUACGGCGAUUCAGUAUGGCCUCUAAAUGAUGAGAGUGUUUUAUAAUACACACACAUUUUAUAGUGCUUCUAGUGUGAACGGACAAGCAGAGGAUAACCCAUCUAACAUGCAGAUUCUGCAUCUGCAAAUGUUUCUAGAGUUUGGUCAGUUUAAUUUCAAUCCAGUCAGUUCAGGAGCAUAAUUCCUUUUGAAAAAACCUCACAGAACACUGGGAAUUUUUCAAUUCACAAACUGGAUUUUGUUUAAAUGGAAUUGACCACAGUUCUGUCCAAGACAGAGAAAGCUAUUGUACGUGGCCUUGACUACUCAUUAUUUGCUGCCAGGAUAUUUGAAUGCAAAGCAUGUGGUGUAAACCCUGUUCUGACAAGGGCUGAAAAAGCCUCAGCCUUCCUGUCUGUAAGUUAGAUUUUCUUACUUUGUAAAAUAACUGUAAAUGUCAUGAGGGAAUUGAACGGAAUUCAUUUCCUUGCAUGUGAGGUUCUGCCAUAGGACUGUCAUCAGAAUUUUUAACGAUAGUGUGCUAACAUCAUUUAUGAGUCUGCACCAUGUGCUGUGUGUACUGUGUCUGUGUUUAUUUUGUAUUAUUUUUGUGUUUUUGCUGUUUUCUGUUGAGUAGAAUCUGGGUGUUAGUUAGCGGAUAUGAGUCUGUGUGUAACAUGUUAAGGCAACACUUAUGAAGCAAUGAGUAUAAUUUAAUGUGUAAUGUAUUUGUGUUUUAUUUAAGGACCUGUUUUUGUGCAUGCCAUGUCAGUUUGUGUUUUUCUUUUUGCUGUUGUUUUUUUUUAAAGAAAACAAGCAAUUAAAAUAUAAAAGGUUAUUUUUUUUCUGUUAACGCAGCUCAGAACUUUAGUCUUUUUUGGCAUGCGUGCCGUGCCUUUGAAGCUGCAGAACCCCACUGCGUCUUAGCGAGAGCACUGUGUAAAAACCCCUGCCAAGGCACUGGGAGCAUUGGCCCGCGCUGCGGAACAGGGCUGGUGCUGACACGGAGAGAGGCUUGCUGAUCGGGAGCAGGGAUUCUGAGCUCGCGAGACGCCUUUCAUCCUCACAGAGGAUCGAUCCCGCGUUCCCACGCCCGCCCAGCGCCUUCUCCGUGCCCUUGUCAGCGUCGCCCCGUCUCUCUGCGCUCUCAGCUGCCUAAUGGAGCUUUUCAAACCUCGGCAAACAAUAUCCCAUUCCUGAAAUAAACUGACGAAUAAAA